CAAAAAAAAAAAAAAACCUUAGUCAUAAAUGGAUUUUCAGCCAUUUAUCUGUUGUGACAAACAGUAAUACAAAUUGCAUGAUGAAAAACUUUUGCAAAGAUGCUGCCAUCUGAGUUUCCAUCAAAAUCCAUUUUCCCCCCCAACAGUUUUAGGUGUGAUAUAGGUCAAAAUAACCUGGUGUAAGUUUGACAUUAUAUGCAUUUUGUCAGUUGAAAGCAGUACGCUUUGAUCACCAAGCCACUUGCAAAGUGAUUGGAUGAAUUAGCAGUCAUUGUGAUGUAGUUUAGUCAAUUCAUAUUAAAGUAUGUGCCCAGUUUCUGUUUUGGUACACGGCCACUCAUCUCAAGAAAAAUGGCUUCACCGCUGCAUCUUGUACAAAUGUUAGCAUCACCUGCCAAACUCAGACGUGUUGAGGAAUACAUUUUUUUGUUUGUUUGUUUUUUUAGAACGGAACUAGAACUGUGCAGUGUUUGGGGAAAUUUUGUGAAGGAUGACUUUGUAAACAUUAGCUUUCACACACUGCAAGUGUAUUUCUGGCCUUUGAGUGAGUGACAAGCAGCUGCUGAUAAUCCAUUUAAAGGUCAAGUGUCAUGAAAUGAAUGAUUUUGAGUAUGUUAUUAAUGAAAAAACAGCAGCUGGUAUGGACCCAUCAGUUUUUUCACCACAAAACUUGUUUUUGACGUUUAUAGCUUUUUGUAACUCCCGCCAUGAAAAUCCUACCGUGGAAGCAGGAAGUGACGGAGGCAGUAGCACGCACAAGCGGACUCAAUUGUUUUGUAUUAGUUUUACCUGUGGGAAGAUAGCUCGUUGUUCCUUCGUGUUAGCCAAAAUGCCGACUCGUUGCAUUGCUGGAUAUUGCUCAAACACUCGGGAGGAUGGAUUUACCCUUCAUAAGUUUCCAAGAGACCCAAUUUGUUGUGAAAAAUAGAUUGCACGGGUGCAAAGGACAGCUUUGUGGGUUCCAAAUGACUGGUAGGUGUGUAUACAGUUACUAAAAAAUAGAAUAGUGUGGAGGGGACCAUGUAAUCCAUCUCUCACAACGUAACAAAAGAUCCGCGUACGUAUGAUGGGUGCUAAAUGUGUCGAUGUGUGCGUCGGACGGCUUCCGGGUUGAGCUUGCCGGCGAAGGCGACCGGGUCGUGGACGAGCACGCUUCGGCUGGGCUGGCUCAAACAUGCUGUCUGGGAGUCUUUCGCUGCCGCGUCCGCCGGUCACGGCUUCGGCGCCAGGUCCACCUGUCACUGCUUCGGCCGGUGUGGCUUAUCACUGCGCCGAGCCGGCCCCCUUUACAGUGUUGUCGCACGUGACUGAGUGCGCCAUUGCUGGCAGCAUUGUUCAUAGCCGCCGCCGUCCGUGAUGAACAACACUGAUGAUGGCAGCAGCGAUAAACAAUGCCGCCAACAGUUGCGCACUCAGCCGUGAGCAACGACAGCGCCGGAAAGCGGCCCGGCUCGGCGCCACGAUGAGCCACCUCGGUGCCACCCUGGCCGAAGCCAUGAUUGGCUCGUCGCAUCCGGGCUGUGGCGUUGUCACUCCUCGCGGCUGAGUACAGUUCAUACUGUCAUACUGUUGGUGAGUCUGUUGUUAGUUAGAAGUGAUCCACAUAUCAUCUAAAUAUGGCUCGAAACAAUAGGGUAAUAUUUCCCCGGACACUUCCCUCGCCUGUGAGAUGUUCUCUUCUUCGAAAAAAGCUUCCGUGUCUGAAGGGGCAUGUCCCAAAGUAGGGACCACAGCGUGUUUUCAAUGGCGAAUGUCCGGGGUGACGUCACGGACAGUAGAUACAGCCAAUAUGGUGACCACUUGGAUGUCGAAUGACCCUUCCACAACUUUGCGCAUGGAUGACGCGCUCUCAGCUCAUAUUUAUUUUUUGUAUGGACAUUGAAGUGAAUAAUGUUAUGUAUUUUUCAUUUAAAUAUCUAUUUUAGAAUGUUGUAAGGGAUGUCACUUGACCUUUCAGUACAAUACAGGGUUCCCUCGCUACUUCGAACUUCACUUUUUUUCAGUGCUUUGCAUUUUUUUUUAUCCCCCCCCCCACACACACCCAAUACAACCUUGAAAAAAAUACAGCCAUAUUGGCAUAUUGCAGAAUGAUACAAGGCGUUUGAUUGGUCCCUGGCACGACAUCGACCAAUGAGAGCAUUUGUGGAUUUAUCUCUUGAGCUGAUUGGGAUCGAAGCCUCACCCAGUAACUUUUGUUCCACCCUGUCCUUUGUCCUUCCUUUCCACCAUUUUCGUCCACACAGUUGACUGCGCGAAAUUUUCUCAUGUUCACAAUGCCGCCGAAGCUCUGUGUUGAUGCGAAAGCUUCCUCCAAAGUGCCCAAGAUGAAGCUGGUGAGCAGUGAAAAAAUAAAAUAUUAUCAAAGAUGCCAGAGGUUAUGCUUUGUGGCGCACCAUUAUGACGUGAAGGAAUCCAUGGUGCGCUACAUAAAUAAAGAUGAGGCAAACAUAUGUAAAACCGCUUCAAUAACUUUUAAUAAGGAAGUGAAACAGGUGGUGACUGGCAAAUAAGAGGAUUCUUCAAAUGGAAGCUGCGUUAACUUUGUGGAUAGUGAAUUGCAGAAAAAAGGCCGUGCGUUUGGACAUCGACAUGAGCAGAACAAAGGCUAAAACCCUGUACGAUCAAAUCCUGCCCUGUGAUGACGAUGAAGAGGCUGAAGAAAGUGCUGACGAACCUCAACCUAACACCAGUGCUGCAAAAAGCGAAUCACCCCCUCAAGGACCAGGCUUUUCGGCAAGCAAAGGUUGGUUUGAAAAAUUUCAAAACCAUUACGGCCUCAGAAGCAUACCUCUGUAUGGUGAGGCUUUCUCCGCCGACAACGAUGGUGCUCGUCGUUAUGUGGAGGAAGAAUUUGCACAAGACAUUGACGACAAUAUGCCUUGUCAUCAGACAUCCAUGCUACUUACUCAUGGAUCAGCAUUCUUUGAAAGGAGACGCAAGCAUAACUGUCCUAGAAAACCUUACCAGAAAUCUAAUGACAGUUUUGUGACCGUUUCCCAGUAUCUGAACGAAAAAGUAAGAAUUACUUCCACGCUCAAGCCAUCAUGAAGUCUAUUAGAAUGUAAAAACUCUCAGCAUUGUUUGAUGCAGUAACAAUUUACCAUUCUUAAAUCUCAUUCAAGUCUGGGGAAAAAAAAUAAUCAUGACUUAAUAAAACAAAAAACAUUUUUGGGCGCUCUACUAUAGGUGACUCUUAGGAAGCUAAACUCUGUGUUC